AUGGCAGGCAAUAAAAUUAUUAAGGACGAAGAAAUUUCAAGUGUAGUAGACCUGUUUGAAGGUGAGCAAAGUGUUGCGGAGGAUUCAGACGCGGAAAAAAACAACGUUAAAAAGCUGGAAACUAAACAACCAACAUUGCAACCACAACAAAAAGAAAACAAGGUUCAGGAAAAAGAGGGAGACGAGUAUGACGCUGUUCCUCAAGAGAAUCGGUCAAAAACAGCGCCUACAACAACAGAAAAAAAAGUUCCGUCGAUUUCAAAAGCUCCGGAAGGAUCACCAAAAACAACUACAAAGGAAGGAUCUAGAACUAAAAUCAUUGAGUCGGCAGCUACCUUCUUAUCAAUUCCAAGUGUUGAAAGAGCCAGCACGUCAAAGAAAAUUGCAUUUCUAAAGAAAAAAGGUUUAACCGAGAAAGAAAUCGAAUUGGCGUUGGAAAGGUCGCAAGCAGAUAAACACAAUACUUCUGAGGAUGGCUCAUCACCAGAAUCUACUCCACCGAGAUUACCUCCGCGAACAUAUAAAACGCCCUUGACAUCUACCGGCACUUCAAUUCCGACUGUGUAUCAUCCUCCUUUAUCAAAUGACUUGGUUCAAACUUCUCCUCCAGCUUCUAAAUCAAAAAUCGAUGUAUUCAAAAAAGUAAUCGUGGCAUUAUUUGUUACCGGUGGAAUCAGCAGUGCAUUAGUUCACGUAAUCAAGAAUUAUAUAUUGCCUACAGCACGUGCAAUCAUGGCAGCACAAGGUCGACUUUAUGCACAUCAACUGGAACUUGUAAGAAAACUGAAUGAGAAUCUUAGAUCAUUCACUUUCGUUGAUCGUAUUUCUUCUGCCAACGGACAAGCAAUAACAAUAUCAUCGGAUGGAAACUAUUCUUUGGAUACAACUUCACCAAAACCACUCGAGUUUCUCGCACCAAUUCAUACCACAAUACUCGCAAUCGUUCAUCUCCUAAAAACAACCCACAAGAGAAAUGCCGAAUCACGAACAAUAUCCGAUGCACACGCUGCACUCACUGAUCUCUCCUCUUUUCUCAACACGAAAUUAUACGAUUAUCAUUCGUGGUCAAUUAGUCAUGAAAGAGAUUCUCCAGUUGCUCUGUGCAAGAGUGAAAUCAGAAGUAUCAAAGGCUCUUUGAUUAGUCGUCGUACUUUUCCCAAAGUUCCAACUUCACCUUCAACUACUAGUAAUCUUGGGAAACAGAAAACUCGUGUAACUCCUAAUAAGGAAUAA